AUGAAACCCUCCAACACUGACAAAGCACGCUUCUUUCUCUCAUGUUUCCUCAUUCUCAUCUUCCUCUACAUGCUAGCCUCCAAUCAACUGCAAGACACACUUCCUUCCCCCACCACAAGUCCUCAACAGACCAACUCCUCUUCCUCGGACAGCAACCUACGAAUUCUCAUAGGCAUCCUCACACUCCCGGACCAGCACCUCCGCCGCCACCUCCUCCGCUUAGUCUACAGCACGCAGCCGCAGCCGCCCAGCGUCAAAAUCGACGUAAAAUUUGUGUUCUGCAACCUUACAAAGGAGGACCAGAAAAUUCUAGUGGCACUCGAGAUCAUGCUCUACGACGACAUCAUAAUCCUCAACUGUGAAGAAAACAUGAACAAAGGCAAAACCUUAACCUACUUCUCGAGCCUCCCGGAGCUGUUAAAUGAAACCGUUGGAUCCGACCCUCCUUAUCACUACGUAAUGAAAGCCGACGAUGAUACGUAUCUAAGGUUGAACAGUUUAGUGGAAUCGUUGAAAGCGUUACCGAGGGAAGACUUGUACUAUGGCUAUGUCAUACCGUGUAGUAGCAUGGACCCUUUCGUGAGGUACAUGUCGGGGAUGGGGUACUUGGUGUCGUGGGACAUUGUGCAGUGGAUAAGGGACUCGGAAAUUCCGAGGAAACAGUCCGAAGGACCCGAGGAUAAGGUGUUUGGAGAGUGGAUGCGGGAGGGUGGGAAAGGAAAGAAUAGGUACAAUGCUAAGUGGGGUAUGUAUAACUUUCCUGAGCCUCCUACAAAAUGUUCUCACGAGCUUUGGCCUGAUACCAUCGCCGUUCACUUGUUGAAGAAUCAGGAGAAGUGGAUUCGAACUCUCCAGUACUUCAAUGUCACUACUGGUUUGAAACCAUCCAAGUUGUAUCAUAUACCUUAG